CUUGCCGUCGAUGUUACUGAUGCAGUAUGUCUGAAUGGACCCUAGAAUCAUUUCUAAUAUCUCAAUGAUACAUUUGUUUCAUGAUCUAUAAUUCCGACGGCACAGAUGAUUUCAAUCGUAAUCUUGCUGUUCGCUGUUUCGGCAGAAGCGGAAUUCUUUCAAUUCGACAGCAUUUCAAAUGUUUCUACCUAUUAUUUCAAUUACAUCUAUUGCAAUAUAUGGGAAGGGGACUGUCUGCCAAACCAAGAGGAUGCGACCCAGCAAGUGCCUACAGGGGACAUUUGGCCAAGCUUUCCCCAGUAUUACACCGGUAUGCUAAUGGCUUGGUAUUGCAGCCUGGGUCAGUGCUGUGAUACAGGGGACUGUAGGAUUACACAUAAUAUAACAGGACUGGAAAGAGAUCUGCAGGUAAAGCUCCACGGUCAGCACCUGGUCCAGUCAGUGGUCCUAAAAGCGAUUCAAGGCUUCAUCAACAACCCAGAGUCCAAUAAGGCACUGACUCUCUCCUUUCACGGCUGGUCUGGAACAGGCAAGAACUUUGUGGCUCGGUUAGUGGCGGACAACCUUUAUCGGGAUGGUAUAAAGAGCGAAUGCGUGCGUUUGUUCAUUGCCCCAUUCCAUUUCCCUCACACGAGACUACUGGACGUGUACAAGGGCCAGCUGAGAGAAGCGAUUCGAGACAUGGUUCUCAGGUGCCCUCAGACUCUUUUUAUUUUUGAUGAAGCUGAGAAGCUGCACCCAGGUCUCAUUGACGCUAUAAAGCCCUACAUGGACCAUUAUGAUAAUGUGGAUGGGGUCAACUAUAGGAGAGCCAUAUUUCUCUUUUUAAGCAAUAUUGGUGGUGGUGCCAUCAAUGAUGUGGCACUAGAUUUCUGGCAUUCGGGACAAAACCGUGAAGACAUUGGCAUGGAGGACUUGGAACAUCUUCUGAGGGCUGAAGCUAUGGAGGCUGAAGGAGGUUUCGCCCGAAGCGAGCUAAUGUCAGGCCAUCUGAUUGACUUCUUUGUGCCAUUCCUGCCUCUGGAGUAUCGUCAUGUAAAGCUGUGUGCCCGUGAUGCGUAUGCAGCUCGUGGCCUUGAACCAGAUGAGGGAACGCUGGAUGAAGUGGCCAAAGCCAUGUUGUAUGUUCCCAAGGAGGAGAAACUUUUCUCUGCACAGGGGUGCAAAUCAAUUCCCCAAAGGAUCAAUUUCUUUCUACCAUAACGGAGCAUGUGAACAUUAUCACUAAAGUAUAGACUUGAACAACAGCAUACACUGUACUUGAAUGAAGCUGAAAUAAAGCUGCUCAUAUCUGAAUGCAGCAUAUAAGUGAUACAACAUGAAAAGGCAUUACAAACAUAGAGUUGCAACUCUGUACCUCAUAUUCUUUAAACACUCUUGAGGACAGGAAGAUUAGUAGACAAACUCUACUUUAAUAGUUUUUUUAAAUAACUUUAUAUACACUUAUUUCGUCUCCCAACUAACAUUGAAGUUUACAUGCAUUUGUGUGAACGUAAGCAACUUGUUUGGGAAAACACAGGCUGUGUUUACAGUCAUGCAAAUACAGUGGCAGCCUAAUAGACAAGCAGAAAGCACUACAAAUAAACGGUUCCGCCUUUAAACCCUUUGCCUGUUAAGCUUUGUUACUGUGUUACUGUAAAUACGCUUUAGGGUGCAGACUUGAGGGACAAUUCAAAAUGAUUUUCUGAAGUGACUUACUUUAUUCCACACAUGCUGUGAAUGCAACCAGGAGGUAUUUAACCCGGAAUUGUUAUGUACCACAAAUGUUGGGGCAUUUUUAAAAAUCAUCGUCUCCAAAGAUAUUUACCAUAUUUCAAUCUUUUGUUAAAAAUAUUGUAUUUUUGUUUCGCACAUCAUGUGUAUUUUAAGGUGUGUGUGUUUGUAUUAGAACACAACCACAUAAAAGAUAUUAUUUUGUGUUCAGUGAGGUAAAGUGAUAAGCUUGACAACAACCCUUAAGAUCUCAUUGGCUUAAUUUGUUGUAUUUUUAGUCUUGUAAACACUUCUUAUGCCAGCACUCAAUUUUCCAAAUCAGUAAAGUUAAAAUAAGAAUUAUGAGCUAUUGUUUUAUAUUUUGAUUCUUUCAGCCUUGAUAAGGUUUGAACGUUUAAUGUUUUAACAAACUAUUCUAAUCAACCAGCCAAUGAUACAUUUUACAAAGGUUUUCUCCACAGAUGUUUGUUGGAAAAUCAGCUGUUUGUCAGCAACACUUUUUUAAUGCAACAACAUAUUCAGGUUUUGAUUGUUGUUACUGUAUGUUAUUUACAUUGUGAAAGAGUAUUCUUCAUGAAAAUUAGCCAUGGUUUAACUAUAACCCAUAGUUUUUUUGUUUAAUUUGUGGUGAAACCAUAUUUACCACAAACCAACUAUGGUUUCACUGGUAGCCACUGGUUUAUAUAACAGUAUUCAGAAAUAAAUUACAUUAAAGAUCUCA